CCGCCCCGGCUUCGCCCCCCACGCACUUCCACCCUCCGCGGCGCCCCUCCCGCUCCCGCCCCCGGCCCGGAGUCGAGAUCAUGCCGCCCGUGGCGGCCCCGAGUGCCGCGGACACUGUCGCCUAGGACUGCGGGGCCGUUCAGCGACACCGCGUCUCCCCGCCCCGCCUGGCCCUCGAGGAGGGAGAGAGAGAGAGAGGAGGGGGUGGGGAAGUGGGCAGUGAACUCGGCUCCAUCUGGGAGGGGUGUGUGUGUGGGGGGAGUGGAAGUUCCCGCCCCGGACUGCGGCGAGGCGGCAGCCACAGUUGAUUAUGGAAGAUUCCCACAAGAGUAACGCUUCAGAGACAGCGCCUCAAGCUGGUUCAGCAGUUCAGGGAGCUCACAUUUCUCAACAGGUAUCAUCUUUAUCAGAAAGUGAGGAGUCUCAGGACUCAUCUGACAGCAUAGGCUCCUCACAGAAAGCCCCCGGGAUCCUAGCACUACGCCCAUCCUACAGAAAAAUUUUGAAAGCCCUCUCUUCUGAAGAUACACGAGGCAGAAAAGGAGACGGAGAAAACCCUGGAGUUUCUGCUGUUACUUCUAUGUCUGUUCCAACUUCCAUCUAUCAGACUAGCAGCGGACAGUACAUUGCCAUUGCCCCGAAUGGAGCCUUACAGUUGGCCAGUCCAGGCGCAGACGGAGUACAGGGACUGCAGACGUUGCCCAUGACCAAUUCAGGCAGCACUCAGCAAGGUACAAUUCUGCAGUACGCACAGACCUCGGACGGACAGCAAAUACUUGUGCCCAGCAACCAGGUGGUUGUACAGACAGCCUCAGGAGAUAUGCAGACCUACCAGAUCCGGACCACGCCCUCGGCGACUUCACUGCCACAGGCUGUGGUGAUGACAUCUCCUGUGACGCUGACGUCUCAGACAACUAAGACAGAUGACCCUCAGUUGAAGAGAGAAAUACGGCUCAUGAAAAACAGGCCCUCAGCGGAUUGGAUGAUGGCCACCCACAAUGAGAAGCUGCUCGAGAAUGUCGCAGAAAGAAGAAAGAGUAUGUGAAAUGCCUGGAGAAUCGAGUUGCAGUUCUGGAGAAUCAAAAUAAAACUCUGAUAGAAGAGUUAAAGACUUUAAAAGAUCUUUAUUCCCAUAAAAGUGUUUGAUUCUUAAGAAAGAAAGAAAAUAUUUUUGUGGACUUGCCUAAAAAUUAGAUGGAUUUCUUUUUAGCGGAGUUUUAUAAAUUAAAAGGUCAAAAGUGAAGCUUUUUAUUUAGGUUUUUGCAACAAAGAUAUCUUAUGCAAGAGAUGUGUCGUCAGGAUUAAGUGGAAAACAACCUCAAGGAAGCUCUGGGCACAACUGGAAGCUGUGUAAAAAUUAAACUCAAGAACCAAGAAGCAGGCAUUUUCUAAAUAACAAUGGUGUCAACCCAGAAAUACAAAAAAGAUGAAAUAUGGUAAAUUGAAUUUUUAAAAAUAAAUCAAUUUACCCUAUAGGUUUGCAUUUCUUAUUGUUUCCUGAAAUUUACCUUUUUUUCAGUUGUGUGUGUGUGUGUGUGUGUGUGUGUGUGUGAUUUUGCCAAUAAAUUCUAAAUUACAAUUGUAAAAGAAAACCUUAGUACAUUACUAAAAGAUAAAUUAUGUUUUAUGAUUAUAUAUGCUUGUUCCAUUGUCAGGUCUUUUAAGUGAGGUUUUUUGUGUUUUUUUUUUGUUUGUUUGUUUGUUUUUUUUUUUUUUUAAAGUUUAUUUGUUGGACUUGAGAGGGUUUUUGAAACUGGGUUAACCAUUUUGAGGUCUUGUCCUAAAGCUAUCUAAGGUACAUGAAUGGAGUGUGGUGAUUUUAUAACUUUUUUUUUUUUAUCAGAAUGGAAAGAAAACUGUUUAAUAGUUUAAUGUUUUUAAAUUGGUCCUUGCUUACUCUGGUAAUGGUGAUUUUCUACAAAUAUGUAAUAAAUUUUUUUUGAUUCUGUAUUCUGUAUGCAGUUGAAUAUCCAUUACUUAUUCUGUGUGCUUUAAUAGAAUGGAAUGUUUACAGGCCCUUAAAAUAUAUUAUUUUUAAAAAAACCUGAAGAUGCAUACCAAAGUUUUUCCAAGAGGAUUUUAUAGUCAAUGUAAGGUUUAUCAGAUCUUAAAAUAGUACGAUUAUUAAGGUAAUUUUAUGUUAGAGACUAUUUUGUAAUGUAGUGAAUGGUACCUUUAUAAGAAAAGUGACUGCCAAUAUAUUUUUAUAGCUGAUCUUUAUAAAUUCUAAUAUUGAGUUUUUAAUGAUUAUUUUAAAUGUUUAUAUAGUUUGUUUAGUAAAAAAAUUUGCAUCUCAAAGUAUCAUUUUUAUAUUAUGAGAGUGAAGUUUUCAGAUUGGCUAAUAUUUGCAUUGUAAGUUUUAUAUGCAGUUUAUCUAAAGAGAAAUGCUGUCAGUACAUACACCUGUGUUUAACCUCUCUGUAUUCCAAUUUGUAUACACUUUGAAAUUGUACCGCGAAACUAUUGUGUGCUUCUAUACAAUAUGUAUCAUAUUGUCCAUGAAAUUAAAAAGAAUUUGAUAAAAUUAA